GUGAGAUGUUCAGAGAGCGACCCCAACAAGAUGUGCACGUGUACAGUCAACUCAUUCAACGAUCCCUUCGAGACCUGGUGGCUGCCCGGAGAUGCCGGAUACUUUGUCUACUAUGACAACUCGGCUCAGCUGGUACCCGGCUUCUCAUACACAUUACGGGUGGACUGUAGAUCUAACAACGAAGGGAUUGCCUCCACUCAGAUGUUGACUGUAGAAAUCACCAAGAACCAGCCUCCGGUCAUUGUCAACUAUAACACAGAUUCGGUAACUGUGGACGGCAAGGCCACCAGGCAAUACGACACUGUCUAUACUGUCCGCUACUCUGACCAGGAGAAGGACACGGUGACCUUUACCAUGACUCAAACCCCAGAUCUAGGUCACUUCAUCAUCGGUUUAGGUGAUGGAAUUGUGAGGGCCAACACUGACAUGCGCAGUGCUCUGGCUGACACCUACAUCCUCAACAUCACCGCAGACGACUCUUACAACGUGGUGUCCAACUUCUUGCUCACUGUCAGCGUCGUCAAUCGCAACACACAGCCCCAGCUGACCAACUUGCCAACAACCAUCAGCAUCCCUAAGACAGCCAAGAAAGGCGACCUUAUCAUCGACCUACUGUUGGUUGACCCAGAUCAGUUUGUGCCGCAGAACCCGGUCUGUGCCCCAACAGACCCAACAGACCAGAAGAAGUUUAUCUUCGACAUGGCCAAAAGCCAGAUCAAGGUGGCUUACACCGGUGCCCUGGAGGCUGACACGGCUCGCAACAUCACAGUCAACUGUUCGUGGUCGGACGGUUAUCUCAUGAGCGACCCCUCGCAGGUUCUGACCAUCGACACCAGUGACGUCAACAGACCUCCCGUGUGGUCAUCGGACAACUUUUUCUGUAGCAUUGAUGAAGGCAAGGCUGGUGGUCCCUCAUGCUCCCUAGGGGCCACUGUCAAAGAUCCAGAAGGCAACUUCUUCACUGUGGAAAUUGUGACGUUAAACAAAGAAAGAUUUUUCAACUACCAGCCAAGCAGUGACCUUCUUAAAUUUACUGUCGACUACGACCUGGACAAAGGAGGGUACCAACAGGACGUGACGGCCAUUAUGACAGCGACUGACAGCAAGGGCGCAUCCAGCACUGCCACCCUUAAAGUCCAUGUCAAUGAUCUCAAUGACAAUACAUGCCAGACAGAUCCGGAACUUCAGUUCCAGCUGGAUGACACUGACGAACUGCAGCGACUGGGAGCCAUCUCUGGAGUCGACCAGGACGCCACACAACCCAACAAUGAGAUCCACUUUGAGGUGGGCUCGGCCGAUCCCAGCUCUGCGACAGAUCAUAUCAUGGUGACCAGGAAUGGGGAAGUGUUCUAUACACGUCUGUUCUCCCCCAGCCUAGAGUACGCCUACCUCACGUUGCUGGUUCUGUGUUUGGACGCCGGCUCGCCCAGACAAACGUCCACCUCUACGGUGGUGGUCACUUACGGGACACCGCCGACCACCGACGCCAGCACCACUACAGCUACAACAACGCAGAAGAGUAUAUGGGACUAUGAAGCUUUCAAGGCCAUUUUUGCAACCCUGAUGGCCUUGCUAGGUCUUGGUGUCAUCCUGCUGCUGGCAAGCCUCUUGGCGUGUUGCUGCUCUGGAACAGGCUGUCGCAACUGUUGCUACAGACCUCCACCUAAACCAGUCAUGACGAAAGCGGCCCCAAACAAACAACCAGCAAAGCCACAGUCGCUACCUUCUAUUGAAUACACGCCUCCAGUAAACAGGGGAUGGGAGAACCUUGCCUGGAGCAGCAAUGACGUCAUCAGACCGCCAGGAAUCUCACGUUAUCACCAUUAUCACUGA